UGACAGGUCAAUACCUUUCUCUUACGAAGGGGCACCGCCCUGUUGGGGUCCAUGGCCAAGCCCAUCUCGGCCAAGUUCUGACGCACGGAUUUGGAGUGGUCCCAGGCAUGUCGGAUGUGGGAACUACGGGCAAAGACAAGGAGCCUGAGGAACCGCCACCCCGCUGGCCGCCCGGCGGAGGAACACACCAGCCUCCAAAACCCUGGACCUCUCACCACUCGAUCCGCGGUGCGGCCUUUCGUCGAGCGUUCCGGUUCAGACGCUUCCGGUUAACAUUGUAACCGAACUUCUGCCUCCGGGUCUUCCCCUUGGCCUUGGGCAUCGCGUGGACCACGGCACCGGCAACUCAGACUCGAUGCCUCUUGCUCACAGCACCUCGUGUGGCAGAUUCCUUCCUGCCGUGCGCCUGGGAAGGCUUGGGAGGAUUUCUGGGAAGUGUAGUUCUCCCAGUAGCGGUACCAAGCUGGGUACUACGACUCCCAGAAUGCAAUGAGCGAUUGCGCGUGCGUACGACGCUCAACAAACUCCCUUUCUCCGCCCCAUUCAUGACUUCAUCAGGAGGCGGAGACUUGCGACCCUCUUUCCUCUUGCUGCUGUUACUCCGACCAUGGCGACUCCUGGCCGUGUGACUCCGGAGGCACCCUUUGACCCAUCGAAGCCCCCAGUUAUUGAGGGAUUUAGUCCUAGUGUGUACAGCACUACAGAAAGUUUCAAGGAAAAAUUAAUUCGCAAGACCCGCGAGAACCCAGUGGUCCCCAUAGGCUGUCUGGGUACCGCGGCCGCCCUCGCCUACGGCCUUUACUGUUUCCACCGUGGUCAGAGCCAUCGCUCCCAGCUCAUGAUGCGCACCCGGAUUGCCGCCCAGGGCUUGACGGUCGCAGCCAUCUUGCUGGGUCUGGCUACAUCAGCUCUGAAAUCGCGAUCCUGAGCCGGUGGCCUGGUCUUGAAAGCUCCAAGGAGAUCAUUCCCAGCCCCAGGAGCAACCCCUAGUUCUGCCACUGUCACGGGUCAAUGGGGGAGAGACUGAUUUUUUUCCCCAGGAAUCUCAGAUUCGGUUCAGUUCGGAUGGUGCAUGUUUCUGUUUGUUCCGAACCUCCUCCAUUUGCUACUAAUAAAUCCUGAACCAGUUGUAGUUUGGUGAACUCAUUCUCUGUCUCAGCCC